GGCAUUUUCGCGUCGCGCGCCCAGCAACCCGAGCCGGUUUAUAAGCAGCCGCCGGCCGCCACUCGCUGACUCGCCACACUUCGUCCCAGCCUAUCUUCCUCUUCCUAUCGCUGUCGCGCACGCCCACACCGAGUCCCCUGGCUGGGCUGGGCGGACCCGCGCUACACGGCCAAGCCAUAGUAGCUAGCUAGUAGCCUCGUAGGAUUAGUUUGGUUUGGCCGUUGGACGAUAAGUUGGCGCCAGGCGGCCGCGAUGGGGGAGGAGGCGCCGCGGCCCAGGUCGCCGCCGAGGUACCCGGACCUGUGCGGCCGCCGCCGCCUGCAGCUCGAGGUGCAGAUCCUCAACCGGGAGGUCGGCUUCCUCGAGCAAGAGAUACAGGGGCUCGAGCGGAUUCAGCCGGUCUCGCGGUGCUGCAAAGAUGUCAACGAGUAUGUCAGCGCGAAGGCCGAUCCCAUGAUACCAGUAAGCAAAAGGAAACAUGGAUCUUGCAGCUUCUUUCGAUGGAUCAGAUCAAAGUUGUGCACGUGCUUUUCGUGCCUGUGCUGCUGUUGCCACUGCCUGCCGAAGCCCAAGGCGGCAAGCUGCUGCUUCGGCUGUUCUUGCUGCGCCUGCCGCGACACGCCGUGCUGUGCACCGAGCUGCAGCUGCCCAAAGGCCCCUUCGUGCAGCGGCUGCUGCAGCCCAAGCUGCUGCACCUGCACCCUUCCCAGCUGCAGCUGCAAGCCGUGCUGCGGCGGCCACUGCCGGCCGCGGUGCAGCGGCGGCUGCUGCUCCUGCGCGGGGUGCUGCGGCUGCGCCGGCUGCCUCGGCGCCCUCGGCCGGUGCCUGUCGUCGUGCUGCAGCGGCCUGCGGCGGCCUUCCUGCUGCAGGUGCCAGUCGUCGUGCUGCGAGGGGGGGACGUCCUGUGGCGGCAAGGGGGCCUGCUGCCGCGGCUCGUGCCUCGGCGGCCCGGCGGCGCCGCCGUGCCCGGAGUGCUCAUGCGGCUGCGUGUGCUCCUGUCCCCGGUGCAGAGGAGGGUGCCGGUGCCCGCCCUGCGGUAAUAACCCCUGCUGCGCCGGUGGAUGCCUGUGCUAGGUAGAUUAGAUUAUCACCGUCGUACUCCGCAGGAAAAAAAAAAGAGAUUAUUACUGUGGUAGCUAGUGUGUGGAUGUUACUCCUCUUUUGUGCUGAAUUAUAUAUAUGGCAUGCGAUGCGAGUGAAACUUGGCUUGUGUGUGUAUUCACUACUCAGUGUAAGGAAUUAAGCUGGGCGCCAAAUGUUCAGGUUAAGAAAGGGACAAGCUAUUGGUCAGUAAACUGAAACUACAGAUGGUUCCGGUUGA